GGAAUACAGCGCCAUCAGCAGAAGGUGACGAGGCCUUUGUUCACGGGGGGAAAUUGUGUGACCUGCUUUGCGCAUGGAAAGGAGAGACAACUAAUCCAACCAGAGCUGCACCAGAUUUUGCACCAGGGGCGGACUGACAACUCAUGGGGCCCCCGGGCAAUAGGGGAUCAUGGGGCCCCUGUGUCCUUGCCCAAACUCAAAAAAGCCUAUGAAAAAGGUACCAGGGGCAUCUCAUGGGCCCCCUACUGACCCUGGGCCCUCAGGCACUGCCUGAGUUUCCAAAUGGUCAGUCCGCCCCUGUUUUGCACCCUCCAAU